UUGCAAGUUUAAACCCUUGAGUUGAUUGCCUCGUUUCUUCGGCCGCGCCAACACACACUCUCUCUCUGCCUUCCAUCGUCGUUACUUUUGCUUCCGACUAUUCCUCUCUUUCUCUCUCUAUAUCUAUCUAUCCACAUAUACAUACAUACUCUCAUAUAUAACCACUCCAUCCUCAUUCGGUUCUCUCUCCAUUCACUUUACAACGCCGUUUCUCUCUUCCGCUGCCGUUGUACGCGCUCUUACAACUCCCUCGUUGCACAAGUUAUUUGGUUAUUUGUAGGCUUGGUUUUAAGCAGUGUUGUUGAAUAGCGGCUAUAGUGAUGCUUUAGAGCUAUUGCACAGCAGAGUUCCUAGGAUCUGUUAUCGCAACAACAUUGUGGUGUGCCUUAUGCGACCUCUAUGGGUGUUGUGGCUGUGGCUUGCAUCUUGGUGUCCUGGUUUUGAGAGAUGAAUGUGGGAUUACACAUGACUUUUUCCCACCCAGCCCCGGUGUCCUGCUUUCCCUCCUCAUGUAAAACAUAUUAAACUUCUCUUAUAUGCAAACCUUUGUUCACAGCCUACGUAAGGAUCAAGGAAGGACUCCUCCACCUCUCCAUUGCCGUUUGUUCACCUACUGUCAUCAUCUUGGUUACUUGUGCUAUCAUGGAGUUUGAUGCUCGUGUUACUCCUGUUAAUAAUGAUGAGAUACCUGAUCCAGGAGUGCUACUCAACAAGCAGAGGAGAAAGAAGUCUAUUGUGUGGGAAUACUUCACAGUGGAAGCUGUUGGAUUUGGAUGUAGCAGGGCUUUCUGUAAACAGUGCAGGAAAUCAUUUUCUUAUAUAUCUAAUUCAAAACUAGCUGGCACGAGCCAUUUGAAAAGACACAUUUCUUUGGGUAUCUGUCAAGUUCUUCGGGAGAAAAACCUACAAAGCCCAUAUCCUAAAACUGGUGGUUCUCAAGAUACUGCCAAUCCACCCAAGAAAAGGCCAAGAGCAACACCUCGAUUUGCUGGUAAUAGUAUCUCAUUUGAUCAGCAGCGUUGCAACCUUGAUAUUGCCAAAAUGAUAAUUUUACAUGAUUAUCCUCUUCAUAUUGUGGAACAACCGGGUUUCAUCAAUUUUGUACGGAUUCUUCAACCCCAGUUCAAUCCGUUAUGUUUAAAAUCUGUUGAAGGGGAUUGUGUUGCUAUGUACCUCAGGAAAAAGCAAAAUUUGUUAAAUAUUAUUAAUGGGAUUCCUGGACAAGUCAACCUGACAUUGGACUUUUGGACUUCAAACCAGACAAUGGGUUAUUUUUUUGUUCGAGGACACUUCAUUGAUAAUGAUUGGAACUUACAUCGUCCUAUUCUCAAUGUUGUUUCAGUACCAUUUCCUGAUUCUGCUGACUCUUUAAAUCAAACGUUAGUGAUCUGCCUAUCUGAUUGGCAUUUGGAGGGGCGGCUGUUUACCCUUGCGCUUGAUAAAUCCUUUUCCAGUGAGAUUGUGAUAGAAAAUUUGAGAGGCCUUCUCUCUGUGAAGAACCCUGCCAUCCUCAAUGGUCAGCUGUUAAACUGGAAUUGUUAUGCUCGUGUUCUUAGUCGCCUUGCAGCACAUGCACUAUGGAUCAUGAGAGAAACUGUUAGCAAUGUCCGCGAUAGUGUAAAGUAUGUGAAAUCUUCCGAAUCCCAAGAAGAGAAGUUUAUUAAACUGAAGCAACAACUACAAGUACCUAGUAUGAUGGACCUUUCAAUUGAUGACCCGUGUAAGUGGGACACAACUUAUCAUAUGCUUGUAGCUGCCUGUGAAAUAAAAGAAGUCUUCGCUUGCCUUGAUACCACCGAUCCUGGUUAUAGAAUGAAUCUAACAAUGGGUGACUGGAAGCGGGUUGAAACUCUCUGCACAUAUUUGAAGUAUUUGUAUGAUGCGGCUAAAUUUUUGACUGCACAACCAUACCCUACUUCAAACUUAUUUUUUGCUGAAGUGUCAAAAGUUCAGGUGGAGUUAACACAUGCGGCCUUCAACCAGGAUCCUUUCCUUAGCAGUUUGAUUUUCUCUUUGCAUGACAGCUUUGACCAAUAUUGGAGAGAGAGCUGCCUCAUCUUGGCAACUGCCGCUGCAAUGGACCCAAGGCAUAAAAUGAAACUUGUGGAAUUCACCUUUGCUAAGAUAUUUGGUGAGAGUGCUGAGGCAUGGAUAAGAUUAGUUAAGGAUGGUCUUCACGAACUAUUCAUUGAAUAUAGCACCCAAAUGUUUCUUACAGAAACAAAUGGUGAUGAUGGGGUUAACAUUAUGAUAAAAGAAACAUGUCAAGAAGGGCCUAUUGACAACGCACUUUUUGUUGAUGAGGAUGGAUUGUCCGACUUUGAAUUUUGUAUGUCUGAUUUUACUGGUAACCCACAGUUUAAGUCAGAAUUGGAUGAGUAUCUGGAAGAGCCUCCGCUGACUGGAGUAGAAGAUUUUGAUAUUCUGAGCUGGUGGAAAGUAAAUGGAUUGAAGUACCCGACAUUGUCUAGAAUCGCAUCUGAUAUUUUGUCUUUACCAGUAUCCACUCUGACUGUAGAUUCUGUUUUUGACACAGAAAUUAGAAAGAUGGAUAGCUACCGUAGUUCUUUAAGCUCCCUGACUCUCGAGGCCCUUAUUUGUGCCAAGGAUUGGAUCCGGUCUGAAGGGUUAUAGAUUUUUCAAAUGUACUUGUGAAAAUGGAAUUUCAGGUAUAGGAUUUUUCAUUUAAUUUGUGUUUUUGUCAGAUUUUUCAUUACAUGUUUAUAGUAUAAAGAUUAAUUCUUUUCAAAUUUCAUUUUCUUGGCCAAAAUAACCCCUUUUGUACCAAAAAAAAAUGAAGGAUUAUAUUCAUACUUUCAUUGUUUCAAUGAAAAUCUGAAAGAUUAAUAGUUUCAAAUUUUGAAUAAAGAACUUGGAAGGAUUUUUUUCA